GUAAAUAGUAAAAAAUGUUUUGCAAAGUGUUGACUGCAGUCGGUAUAAUCAUUGUAUUCGUAUUCUUGUUCGAAUGUGAUGCUAAGCGCAGGUGGGAUUAUGAACCCAUUUCGGUUGAUCCUUAUACGUCGGAUCCAGAUAAACUCGAUGUUGAGUUUAAAAUUAAGAGAAGUCCCAGGGGAGAAUACUUCUUUACUGGCUUUGUAAACUUCAAUUAUGUCAUGGAUGAAACUACUAUGAUGGAGGCCACUGCAAUGCGCAGUCAAUCUGGAAACGAUGAUGACUACACACCUGUGCCCUGGAGUAUACCAAAGCAAAACUACGAGGAGUUCUUCAAAAAUUUCUACGAGAACUUGGUUUAUAAGAAUUUUGGCGGUUGCUCCAAUUUUCGAGCUCCUGCUGAUCUCUUUCCUUGGGUAAAUGGCAACUAUUCCUUCAGUGACUGUGAAGUCUCAGGAGAUGGCAUGCCUGAAAUAGCGCCCCAAGGCUAUUAUAAGAUCAAUUUCAAUGUCACUGGAGAGGUCGAGUGGGGUUUUGAGUCUGUCUGUAAGAUAUUUGACAAAUUAAUGCCCUAAACAGGUAUCAAAUUUCUAUAACAAAACAUAAUGUUGUAACAGCAUAAUCUGCAUAAAUAUUUAAUCUAGUAAAAUCGAUCCCUUUUGGAGCAGUACUAAGCAUUAUACCAAUACUUUUUAUUUCGAACGAAUUGUAAAUUAAAAAAAAAAAGAAAAGGUAUUGAAUUUAUGGUUUGAGUCAGGUAAUUUUUUUAGGAAGUAUUUUCUUUUUGAGGAUAAUAAAUUUAUUUUUUUUUUGAGUACACCAAAGGGUUGUAGGAUUUGUAGGAUCUACCCGAUCUAUAUCAUUCUUAUUAGCGAUUAAUUUUAAAAGUGAUUAUGUUCUAACAAUAAAGAGUAUAUUGAAGCAUUUGAAUUGCA